GUUAUCUUAACGCCCUCCUUAUCCAAAUCCACGGCGAGCAGCCGGCCGAGCCAUGCGGCAAAUAUGCGGAAAUAUGCGGCCCAGCCCUCCCGCGGCCCGUUCAUGUUCUGCCGGCAGGCUUUUGGCUUUUCCCAUGGCGCCCGCUCCAAUUUGCAGCUUGCUCCUCCUCCGCCGCAACCUUGAUGUCUUCGAUGACACUGCCCAGGUACCUCGUCAAAGUCAAGCACGGAGAGCGGCAACGUGCAGAAUGAGUCCCCGUUCGAUGAGACGAGGCCGUCAGGCUGCUCAACUUGGCGGCUCAAUUCGUCCAUCGCUUUCCCGACCUUCACGAUGUCGCCAUUGCGUCCAGAACCAUGAUGAGAAAGAUGUGGCCGGCCACGAACAUCGUGUCGCGAGACGGGCCCAUCCAUACUGUUAUGUGUUUGUCGGAGGGGGUAGUUUCGCGCACGCCCUUGCCGGGCUCGCUACGGGUGUAUUCUCUGCCAUGCACUCCCUUGCGGAUGAUGAUGAAUGGGAACCGACAGAGCCUUGCAGUAUUAGCAGCACUUAUCUGUGGCAUCCCGAUUCUUCGCCGCCGCGAGCAUGACCCGGACCGCCUUCAUCGUGGGACCUUCGCCGACAUCAAAGGUCGCGACGAGAAGGCUGCACCGACUGUCGCGGCGGCGAUGACGAAAGCCGGCGAAGGUGCCACGAUGAAGGCGGUCCAGAUCAUGCUCGCGGCGGCGAAGAAUCGAGAUGCCACAGAUAAGACGGCAAAGGACUACUACGAUCUACCGGUCAUCAUCAAGUCGUUCAUCCUGUCGCUCCCUCACAAGGAUUUCAAAUGGGCACGCGUCUGCGUCGACGAGGCGCAGUCGAUGCGGAAGAUGUGUGGCAGCAACUCACGCAUCAUCCGCCUCUUGGAGGCCAACGCCCUCCAUAUGAUGACCGCCACCCCCGCCCUCAACAAGAUCGAGGAUGUCAAGUCCUUUGGCUCGCUGGCCUAGCGCUUCAGCAAGCUGGACCUGAUCACCCCGAGCAGCUGCGACUGGGAGUACGUGGCCGAAAUCGGCAACAUAAACCGGGUUGGUUGGCUGGCGUACUCUUCUAUUCCUCAUGAUGAGGCCACGGUCAAAGACUUCCAGGCUGACGCAGGUUCCGACCGCCGUCGACGACGUCACCCUCUGCC